AAUUGUUAGGAAGGACAACGCCUUGAAGUUUUUAGACCUUCAAAAUAAAGUAGAAAUUAGUACUCCCGGAUUCUUCGCUAAUUGCAUCAGAUUUAGUUGCAUACUCCUAAUUGCAGCCCUCACAGGUUGCAAAAAAUCUUUGUUCUUCAUAAAUUGGAAGCUGAGAAAUAAAUUUUUAUAUUUAUUGGCAUACAAGUUUGAGGUUAUUGUAUUUUAGAGUGAAGUGAUUUUAGUUCGUCCGGUGUUAUAGUGACAGUACUCUAUUAAUUGUAAAUCUGCUUCCACGUCCUUCUUCACCGAUACAUUAGAAACUACUCUUCAUUACUCACAGGUGGCGUCACCAAAGUCCUCUGUAUUGUUUUUAUUUACAUCAGUCAGCUGUUAAGUAAAUCAAAAUAUAAACAUAUACCCAAACCGAUCUGUUAUGCUCUGUGUUAGAUGUAAGAAGAUAGCUAAAGUUAACAAAACUUGCUUGACUUGUAAAUCAUCUUAUCACCCUAGUUGUCUUAAGGAAGCGUUAAAAUCAAAGCUACCAAGUAAUUGUUGUGUGAAGUUUUUUAAAUCACCAUUAUCACCUCUUGAAUCGACAAGUUCAUCCAGACGUACUAGUUUUGUGAGAUCUAUAAGUGAACGGUCCUCACUCUCCAGUUUCAAGUCAAUUGAUUCAUCGCCUAAAACUCCUCCAGUUUCAUCUAUGAUUGACGAUUCUGUCACCAGCUAUGGAUUCACCGUCAACGAUCACUCUGGACAAAACUAUUUCGUCAAGUGACACUCAUGUUUCAAAUGAUAAUUUAAUUACUGAUCAAGGUUUGAGUUCUGAAAGUAGUAAACCUGAUUGGACAAACUUCACACUCGAUCAGAAGAUGGACCUGUUACUUGACUUGUCAUUCAAAAAUAGCUUUGAAAUUCGUAAGGUUUCUGAAGAUCUUAGUAAGCACACUGAUGAUAUCAAAUCUAUAAUAACAAAUUUAGAUAAAAAUAGUGCCGAUAUAAAAAGUCUUUCAGCAAAUUUAAAUACUUUAAAUUCUUCAUUAGCUAAAGUAACAGAGAACCAAAAGUCAUCUGAUGAAAAAGUGUGUCAAUUAGUUGAAAUUUGUAAUGUUCAUUCCUCUGCUAUUGACUUGAUAAAAUCGACUGUUGAAUCCGCUGGAUCGGUAAAUAACAUCUCGGCUGGGCCAUCAAACAUCACAUCAUCUCAGCUUCUUUUGUCUGGAGUGCCAGAAAAUGUUACGUCAAAUUUAUCGUCAGCGGAAAUUAUACAUCAAGUAUUCAAUAAAUUGAGCAUUUCAAAAUUAGAAAAUGAUAUUCUUAGUGUGCGUGAAUUAAAAAACAGAAGAUCCUCAACAUCUCAUGGAUCGAAACACUCCUUCAUCCUGAACCUAAAAUCGGCUCAGGUUCGUGACCAUAUCGUCGAUGUAAAACGUCGUGUAAAGAAACUACAAAUUAGAGAUACGUUUCCAACCGUAGUAAAUGCUCCAGAAGGACAAAUUUAUUUAAAUGAAUUUCUGCAUCCGGACGUAUAUAAACUUCUGAAAUUAACGAAAGUUAAAGCAAGAGAAUUAAAAUUUAAGUAUGUCUGGGCUUACAAAGGUGUAGUCUGUCUGAAAGAAAAUGAUGAUUCAGCCAAAAUUGAAAUUCGUUCUCAAAAUGACUUAAAUAAGUUAAAUUAGCAAUUACCUUGCAAACAUAUUAAAAAUUGUCAAACUUUAAAUAUUCUAACACUAAAUAUAAAUAGCUUUCUCUCUCAUACAGCUCAGCUGGAUCUCUUAGUUGCUGAAAUGAAGCCGCAUAUCAUCACCAUUGUGGAAACCUGGCUUAAUCCCGAUAUAAGUAUUGCGUUAAAUAACUAUGUUGUUAUUCGGAGAGAUAGAGGACUUAUCGAUGAAUUUGGACGUUAUAUACGCGGUGGUGGUUUGGCUUGCUUUAUUCAUAAGUCUUUAAAAUCAAAAAUUCUAUACACUUCGUUGACAAGUCACCUAAAUCAACCCGAAUUCAUGAUAAUCGAUGUCUCGCUGGAAACUGGAGCCCAUAUUUUGCUAUCUGCUAUUUAUAGAAGGCCUCAAGGUGAUCUUUUGGAUUGCUUCUUCACUGAGUUUGGAAAGUUAUAUCCACAUUACAAUAAUAUCAUCAUUACUGGAGACUUAAAUUGUAAUUUGCUCAAAACUGAUCGCUUAGCCUGCCAUCUUCAGUCCUUCAUCACAGACUCUGCACUUUUCUGUGUACCACAUGGUCCUACAUAUCAUACAAAUGGAGUUGAUUCAUGGCUAGGUGUUAUUAUUGUUGACAGUGAAGACAAGGUGAGAAAUUACUUUAAAUCUGCAGCACCUUUUGUUGGUGGUCAUGAUUACUUAUUUGCAGAGUAUAAUCUUGAACAUCCAGUAAAAUGUGAUAAAUUAAGAAGAUAUCGUGACUUCAAAAAUUGUGAUCACGUGGCUCUUUCCCAGUCCUUAAAUAACAAUUUGAAUUUAAAUAACAUUGUUAUUGACAGCUUGGAUCCAAAUGAACUCACCUCAUACUUCCUGAAUGUAGUUACAAACUCUUUGGAUGAAUUUGCUCCCUUCUCUGAGAGGAAAAUAAGCCGUCCAAAAAAUCCUUGGUUAACGAAGGAACUAAAAAAUGAACUGAAACAUCGUGAUGCUAUCUACAAACGAGCACGUAGAAAUAAUGAUCAAAACCUUCUUAAAUAUUUUAAGACAUUAAGAAGUGAGCUAAAAGCUAAAUUAAACGCUGCACGUGAUAAUUAUUUUACAAAUAUUUUAUCGAAAAAAUCGCAUGAUUCCUCAAUAUGGAAAAAACUUAAACAACUUAAUAUAAUCAAACCGAAGCAGUCUUCACCGUUGGAUCAUUUUGGAGCAGAUGAAUUAAAUAAUUUUUAUGCUGCUACUUUGACAAAGCAUUCUUCUUGUAGCAGAGAGUUUGUUCAUGAUUUAGUGUCAUUCGCUGUGAAAAGAGUAAAUUGCGAAUUUGAGUGGUCCAGGAUUGACAUUGUUGACGUCACAAAGAGUUUUCAUCUCACUCUGUCUAAAUCUGCUGGUAAAAGUCCAGAUGGGCUAGAUCUUAAAUAGCUGAGAGAUCAUCUACCGCAAAUAUCUCUAUUUUUAACCGCUGUCUUUAAUCGCUCACUAGAGACUGGCAUUUUCCCGGAUUCAUGGAAGUCUGUUUUCAUCGUUCCAUUAAACAAAGUCAUUCCACCCAAAUCUCUCUCUGAUACGCGGCCCAUAGCAAAUCUAUCGCACUUAUCAAAGGUUUUUGAGCGUAUUAUCGCAAACCAAGUUGUUAUGUACUUGGAAACAAAUAAUUUACUAGAUGAUUAUCAAUCUGGUUUCCGGCAAAAUCAAAGUACGCAAGCUGCAUUGCUAAGAUUAACGGAUGAGAUUCGGUGUGCGAUAGACAAUGAUGACUUUACAUUUCUUAUUCUAUUUGACUUCACUAAGGCAUUUGAUUAUUUAAAUCCAAGAAUGCUUUUCAUUACGAUGUUUGAAUUGGGUUUUUCUAUUGAAACUAUCUCUUGGUUCCAGUCGUACCUCUCAGGCAGAUCUCAGAUGGUCAUUGAUCCGUCAAAUGUUGCAUCAAAUUCAAUGAA